GUCUAUUAGUUAAUCAAUGAAUAUAUAAGUGAUAACAACGAAAGCAAUUGAUAUUUGAUAUGAAAUUAUUUUUCUAAACAUAUAUUUUUCGAUUGACUACAGAAUCGAAGGCCAAUUGCUUAUCAAUCAAUGGGACGGUUAGUAUAAGGGCCGACUGAUCAGCCCCUACAUCAUCAGCUCAUCACUUGCGACAAGAUUAUCGACUCAACACUAUUUUUCGCACAAACACCUCAUUUGUGUGCCUGACGUCUGAGCUAAAAGUCAUCGCCAAUUGUGUUCAUCACUAAAAUAACAUAAAAACUUUUGACUGAAAAGUGAAACUUUUUUUUGUAUUGAUACCAAUUUUGGAAAUCAGUGGUCGACCGUCAAAAUGCCCGAACAGAGCCCAUACCUACCGGUGACUCAUGUGAUCUUCGAUAUGGACGGACUGCUCAUCGAUAGUGAGGUGUUGUUCGCCAACGCCAUCGGAGUUCUGCUCAAGAGAUAUGGUGUCCCGGAGUACAGCAUUGAACUGCAGGAGAAGGUGUUGGGAAUGGAGGUCGAGCGGGGCAUCCAAGUGAUCAUCGAUGAGACGGGUAUACCCGUCACCGUCAAGGAGUUCCGAGUACUGGAGCGCGAGAUAUACGAGGAGUCGAUGCGAAACGUGCGGCUAAUGCCGGGCGUCGACCGACUGGUGCGACACCUGCGCCGACACAACAUCCCGAUGGCCAUCGCCACCGGCUCUACCAUCGAGUCAUUUAAGAUAAAGACAUCGAAAUAUCAACAGCUGUUCAAAGUUGGCGACAUAUUUAGGCACAUUGUGUUCAGUCGCGAUGACCCGGAAGUGUCGGCCCCUAAGCCCGCGCCCGAUAUCUACCUGAUAGCCGCCCGGCGUUUUGUCCCACCCGUCGAACCCCGUAAAUGCCUGGUGUUUGAGGACUCGGGGCUGGGAGUGGACGGUGCGAUUAGCGCCGGUAUGCAAUGCAUUAUGGUUCCCGACCAGAGGUUUAAGUGCACUCAACGUAACGCCACACAAAUCAUCAAAACUUUGCUCGAGUUUAAGCCCGAGUUGUAUGGUUUGCCCCCUUUUGACGAUUAAUUGACAUCCCUGUCCCCCCAUCUCCCCCUAUGUUUAGACUAUUAUAUUAGACUUUAAUUUAUAGGAUUUUUAUUUUUAUGAUAAUAUAUUUAUACAAUCAAGGCAAAGAUUUAUCGGACUUUUUUCCGACUACACUUGUAUUAAUGUAUGAAAUUUUUAUUUAGGAUUUUAUCAUUUAGUG